CCAGACUACUUCAGUAAAUCACAUCUUUCUCCUCCACCUCGAUCAACCAUCCAUCCACAAAAGCAUCCCUUGAAUCCCAUCAAAAUGCCAAGCUAUCUCAGCGAUAUCGAUGUUGUCUACGGGACCGACAAGUCCUGGGAGCCCUCUGAUGCCAUCCACGUCGUGGAUGCCAACAACGGCGACAUCAACGCCGGCUACGGUGGAGAGUUCGUCUGGCUCGUCCCGAAAUGGAGCUUCGAAUCCGACAACGCCGUCAGCAACAUCCGCAUCCUCAUCCAGGGCGAUUCCGAUGGUAACUACAAAGAUCUUGCCAAAGGUGCAGGCGGCAAGUUUCGAUACCUCCGUCUGGAGCGCGAUGGCCACGACAAGAUCACUGAUGUCCGACUCCUUCGUCGCGACGACGAGGUUAAAUGGGAGACCGUCAAGUCUCUGGGAUUCGACGGCUUCACCAACGACAUUAACGACGGAAGAGGCAAGAGCUUCCUUUACUUAGUCUGGAAGAGCCACUAGAUGGGAGUGGGAGGUAUCUAGGUAGCUGUUUAUUGGGUAUUUGGUCGUGUUGAGGGGAGUGGUCAAUAGCAGAGAUUAGGAGUUUGCAACACUGGAUGAAGGCAUGCGUGACAGUUCCAUAGGCUUCUUUCUAUUCUAGGUUUCUGUGUGCUAAUAUC